AUGGACCCCAAUGACCAGCCCGAGCCAACUCUGCCACCGGCGGAGCAGAUGCGAGCUCGUCGGCUGGCCAAGCUGGCAGCCGCUAAUACAGCAUCCAGCUCAUCCGCGACGACGGAAUCAUCGCAGACCCGGUCGUCUUCUCCAGCCUCAAGAGCUGCCACGCCGACUGUCGACAACGCCGCCAUAGCUCCGAAGCCAACAGAGCCGAGCAAGCCCCCGACGAUCAACAUCAACCCGGCUCCUCCCUCCCAGCCAGCAGCGGCGGCAACCGGCGCACCCUCACAGAAGCCUGCCGAAACCAAGACAGGCGGCAAAGCAACACCAACGUCGGUGUCAUCAGGUAUUGUUCGCAACAAGGCCAAGAGAACAGCAGCAGACAUUGAUCCGGCCUCAGCAACCCCACCACCGGCAACCGAGGCCCCGGCCAAGAGACCGCAGGCCGAGUCCAUUGAGGACUGGACAGACAGCACCCUGUCACAUCUAUUUCGCCUCACCGUCGAUUCCACUCGCACCACUGACCGACACGGCCACCAUCUUACAUUCCUCCCGAAUCUGAGCCAAGAACUUCAAGAUCGGGGUCAGCCCCUGAAGCUCACCGCCGAUGAUCUCGACGCUGCCAUCCUCGAGGCUGCGACAGCAGUCCCCCACAAGCGACCUCUACUCCAGUAUCUCCUACCCUGUUGGAAGAAUGUGAUGAGGGCUCUGAAGCCUCUGCGGGAGCCCCCAGCCGACAAGCUGUCCGUGCUCCAAGAGGCGAAGAGGCUUUGCAUGAGCAACUGCAUCUUCGCUCUGACUGUACCGGAGCUUUUUGGCCGCGAGGCAAACCCUGAACACGACACGCUCGCCCCUUAUCUGCUGCGUGGUCUAUCCCACGAUGAUGGUAUCUGCCUUGACUUCAUUCAGGAGGCUGUUGCGCGCAUCCCUGACGAUGAUACUAUCACCCCCAUCUUCACCAAUGCUAUGGUGCAGAUCAGCAACCAACUCUCCAGGAUGACCAUGAACGAUGGGUAUCAGUCGUACAUGGACGUCUUGCUGACGUACGCCAGGUUCAAGCCGCUGGUAGAGGCGCUUGCAGAGCACCCGAUCUUCCAAAUGGCCCAGUCUGCUCCUAACAUAGAAAAGUUCACUCUUCUCGGGCCCUUCUUCCGCAUCUCUCCCUUGCAACCAGAAGUUGCGAAGGUCUACUUCAGCGGCCCACGCACUCUUGAUAAGGGGAGAAUCAAGAAUGCACAAGAUGCACUACAGAUAGGUCUUGCCGCCUAUCAGACCGAUCUCCACACCGUCGCUAUGGCGUUCGCUCGAGCCGGCGACAAGCCCAAGAGCAGGCUCUUGGACUGGUUUGCCUACAUCAUGAACGUCAACCACAAGCGGCGCGCGAUGCAGGUUAACCCCAAAGAGGUUGCCUCGGACGGGUUCAUGAUGAAUGUCAAUGCCGUUCUGGACCGCAUGUGCGAGCCAUUCAUGGACGCCUCAUUCGACAGGAUGGAGAGGAUAGAUAUCAAUUACCUCAAGCGCCAGCCCCGAAUCGACAUCUCAGACGAGACCAAACUCAACGCAGACCAGACCCAAUCUGAUGAGUUCUAUGCAAAGAAGGCCACCGGAUCGUCCAACUUUGUCUCCGAACUCUUCUUUCUCAAUCUUGCCGCCCACCAUUACGGAAGCGGUUCCACCAAGCAGAAGUUGAAAGACCUCGGGAAGGAUAUUAAGAGAAUGGAGCAACAGCUCGCACUUCUCGAGUCCCAACGACAUCGCGCGGCUGGAAACCAGAUGACCUUGACGCUGGUGGAGGGACAUCUGAAGAACUUUACUGCGGCCCUCGAGAGGGCCAUAUCGUAUCAGUACGCCGUGGAGGGCGUUCUCUCGGAUGAGAAGACGCAGGCCAAGUCUCUACUUUUCAUGAGAUAUGUCUCGGUCUGGUUGAUCCGCGUUGCCAGUCAGUCGAACUAUGUCCCUAGCAAGGGGCUCAAGCUUCCUCUCCCGGAUGACCAGCCCGAGGCGUUCAGCUGCCUGCCUGAAUACGCCUUGCAGAAUGUGGUCGACAACUUCAAGUUCGUCUUCCGAUAUGUGCCGCAGAUAAUUCUGUCGGCCAUUGGCGACGAGAUGAUCGUGCUGGCAGUCACCUUCCUGGAGUCGUCCGAGUACAUCCGCAACCCGUACCUUAAGUCGUCCUUGGUGACGCUCCUAUUCUCGGGCACUUGGCCCAUCUAUCAUCUCCGGAAUGGCGCGUUAGGCGAUGCUUUGACUAGCACUAAGUUUGCCAACACGUAUCUCCUCCACUCUCUGAUGAAGUUCUACAUCGAGUGCGAGUCGACGGGAAUGAGUAGUCAAUUCUACGACAAGUUCAACAUCCGUUACGAGAUCUUCCAGGUCAUCAAGUGUGUAUGGCCUAACGACGUCUACAAGAGGCAGUUGACGGAGCAGAGCGAGACCAACCGGUCUUUCUUUGUACGCUUCGUGAACCUGUUGCUCAACGAUGCAACUUACGUGCUUGACGAAGCACUAUCAAAGUUCCCCAAGAUCCACGACCUCCAGAAGGAGCUCAGGGAGACCCCUGACAUGCCACAGGACACACGCCAGCAGAAGGAGACCGAACUCCAGCAGGCUGAGGAUCAGGCAUCCUCGUACAUGCAGCUCGCCAAUGAGACUGUAGCCAUGAUGAAGCUGUUCACGAAUGCGCUGAGUGAUGCGUUCACGAUGCCCGAGAUUGUCCAGCGCCUGGCAGGUAUGCUGGACUACAAUCUCGAUAUCCUCGCUGGCCAAAAGUCCCGACAGCUCAGGGUCGAGAACCCAGAGAAAUACCACUUUAGCCCGAGAACGCUGCUUCCCGAAUUGAUCGACAUAUACCUCAACCUUAGUGGAAAGGUCAGCUUCGUCGAGGCUGUUGCCAACGAUGGACGCUCGUACAAGACGGAUACGUUUAACAACGCGUCCAGAAUCCUGGCAACCAAGGGUCUUAGUGACCCCUCGAAGCUGGCGGCUUGGAAUGCGCUGAAGGACAAGUUCGCCAAGGCCAAGGAGAUCGCGGACCAGGUCGAGCAAGACUUUGGAGAGAUUCCUUCCGAGUUCGAGGACCCGAUCAUGGGCGACCUCAUGAAGGACCCGGUCAUCCUGCCCUCGCACCACAUCGUGGACCGCUCCACGAUCAUCCAGCACUUGCUGUCGGACCCCAAGGACCCGUUCACGCGGCAGGCGAUGACCAUCGAGGAUGCCAUCCCGGCCGACGACCUCCGGGAGCGGAUCAACGCGUGGAAGAAGGAGAAGCUUGCGGCCGCAAAGGCCAAGCUUGCGGACGCCAUGGACACGACUGAAGAUUAG